AUGUCCAGCAUGUCUUUCCAUUUAACUGCUCUAUCUAUCCUAUAUCUACUUUACAACAAAGCCUGCUCCAUGCCUGGCCGCAGAGCAGAGAAACCAGACUCCCCAGAAACGAAAACAAAAAAAAAAAGAAAGAACCUACUCCGCUUCUCUCUACCUCUUCUUCUUCCUCUCUUCCUCUCUUCUUCUUCUUCUUCUUUCAGCGUGUCUAUCUUGUUUCAUUUCGACUGCGCCGCUUCGUUGAGAGAAAAAAAAAGUCCCCCUUUCUUUGUCCGGCCCAGUAUCGUCUGUAUCGAUGUAUCUCAUUAG